AUGCCCACAUCUGCGCCUCAGCCACGUGAGGUCAAUGUGGAAGAAGCUAUGUCUAAAUCAAAACAAAGACGAGCGAAGCGUCUUGGUUUACUUGGUAAAUGUAAGACUAAAGAUGGGAGGACAACAAAUAAAGAGCAGCAAUCAGCGCGAAAAGUCAAGGACAAAAAGCCAGAAGAAACUAGGAAGCAAAGGCUUGAAGAGUUGCAAGCAAGGCAGAAGAUCUCCAGAGAACAACAGCUGUUGAAGAGGAGGAGUUUACAAAGCUUUCAAAAUGACAUCCUGCAGAGGCAAAAAGCAUUUGAACAAAGGGAAACAGAGAUGCAGAGUUUGGAAAAGCAUGUCAACUUUGAAACUGAGAAUUCCAGAAAAGCAUAUUACAGAGAAUUUAAAAAGGUAGUUGAGGCUGCAGAUGUGAUCCUGGAAGUUUUAGAUGCACGUGAUCCUAUUGGGUGCAGAUGUCCUCAGGUUGAGCAGGCGGUCAUUCAAAGUGGAACAAACAAAAAGAUUGUGUUGGUGCUCAAUAAAAUUGAUUUGGUGUCAAAGGAAAUCGUGGAGAAGUGGAUCAAGUAUCUGCGGAAUGAGUUUCCCACAGUGGCUUUUAAAGCAUCGACUCAACAACAGUCCAAAAACUUGAAACGCAGUAAUGUACCAGUCACUCAAGCCACCACAGAGCUUCUGAGCACCAGUGCUUGUGUUGGCGCAGACUGCUUGAUGAAGUUACUCGCUAAUUACUGCCGCAACCUCGACAUAAAGACGGCCAUCACGGUAGGCGUUGUAGGUUUUCCAAAUGUGGGAAAGAGCAGUUUGAUCAACAGUCUAAAACGUGCAAGAGCAUGUAGUGUUGGUGCUACUCCUGGUGUCACCAAGUGCCUUCAAGAAGUGCAUUUGGACAAGCACAUUAAGCUUCUUGAUUGCCCUGGAAUCGUCAUGGCAACGUCCACAUCUGAUGCAGCCAUGAUUCUACGUAACUGUGUCAAAAUUGAGCAGCUAGUGGAUCCACUUGCCCCAGUUGAAGCCAUCCUGCGACGCUGCAACAAGGCACAGAUCAUUGAACACUACGGGGUGCCCGACUUUAAUACGGCUCUGGAGUUCUUGGCAUUGCUGGCGCGACGUCAGGGCAAACUAAAAAAGGGAGGACUGCCUGACACUGACAAAGCAGCUAAAAGUGUGUUAAUGGACUGGACAGGGGGAAGGAUUAGUUACUUCACGCACCCACCUGAGACACACACUCUCCCAACACACGUCAGUGCUGAGAUUGUAACAGAGAUGGGCAAAGCUUUUGACUGGGAUGAACUUGAAAAAGGAAAUCAGGAGGUUCUUGCAGAUUCAUCUUGUGCUGAUACUCCGAUGGGAUUUUGCAUGGAAACCACUGGGAUGACUCAUGGCGAGCAAGCUCAAGCUCCCUGUUACCAGGAAAUGGAAGGAGAGUCUGCACAGGAGCAAGAAUUAAAUGACGAAGUUGAAUCUAUGGAGGAUGAUCAGGAUCUUGAGUUUGGACCAAUGACAGUGGCGAUCAAAUCUCAGAAGCCAAAGAGCGACUUGCCCGAAAGUGAGCCUGCGCCCAAAGCUCCGAAUUUGAAGGAUAUUGUGAACAUCAAUCCAUUACAGCAAGGCCAAGCCCUCGUGGCAGCCAAGAAGAAGAGGAAGAAGCAACAAAAAAGAGCUGACAAAAUUGCUACCAAACUCUCAGACACCUUGACAUCUGCGAUGGAUUUCUCAUUUUGUGACAGCUGAUUAAAAAGAAACAAUAAAAUGAUUGUCUAU